GACACACAGACCUGGCCCUGCACUGUGGCCUUGGAGAGGGUCGGGGGAGGAGCUUGGGGGAGAGUGAGCUAAGCCAGAGCAGGUGGGGCGUAACUGGAGAAGUGUCAGGGACUGACAAAGACUGUUUCCUGCUCAGCCAGCCCCAGAACUGGACGACCACAGAGCCAUGCUCUCCACGUUGGGCUCCCUGGUGUCCGCCCUCUGGACAGGGCUCCAUCCCAGGACCCUGCUGCUGGGGAUCGUCGCCUUCCUGUUCUUUGCCGACUUCCUCAAAAAGCGACGUCCCAAGAACUACCCUCCUGGUCCAUGGCGCCUGCCCUUUGUUGGCAACCUUUUCAGUUUCAAGGUGGAACAGUUGUCAGUACAGAUACAGGAGAUGGUGAAGAAAUAUGGGAACGUUAUUCGCCUGGAAUUGGGUGACAUGUCUAUGGUAAUUUUAACUGGGUUGCCCUUAAUAAAAGAAGCCCUUGUUCACAUGGAAAAUAACUUUUUGGACCGCCCCUUGUAUCCUAUUCGAGAACAUGUCUUCAAGAAAAAUGGAUUGAUCAUGUCCAGUGGGUUGGUGUGGAAGGAGCAAAGGAGAUUUGCUCUGAUGACACUAAGGAACUUUGGUUUAGGAAAGAAGAGCUUGGAGGAACGCAUUCAGGAAGAGGCUCAGCACCUCAAUGAAGAAAUGGAAAAGGAAGGUGGACAGCCUUUUGACACUCACUUCAAGAUCAACAAUGCCGUUUCAAACAUUAUUUGCUCCAUCACCUUUGGGGAGCGUUUUGAGUACCAUGAUAGUCAGUUUCAGGAGCUGCUCAAGUUACUACACGAUGUCAUACAUUUGGAACCUACAUUUCAGUGCCAGCUCUACAAUGUCUUCCCAUCAAUAAUGAAAUUCAUUCCUGGUCCUCACCAAACUCUCUUCAGCAACUGGGAAAGAUUGGAGUUAUUUGUCUCUCAUAUGAUUGAAAACCACAAGAAAGAUUGGAACCCUGAAGAACCAAGAGACUUCAUUGAUGCAUACCUCAAGGAAAUGACAAUGGCUAACACUACAUCAAGUUUCACUGAACAAAACCUCAUCUGCUGCACGUUGGACCUCUUCUUUGCUGGCACGGAGACAACUUCCUCAACACUGCGCUGGGGUCUGCUGUACAUGGCCCUGUAUCCGGAAGUCCAAGAAAAGGUACAUGCUGAGAUUGACAGUGUGAUUGGCCGGUGGCAGCAGCCAAGCAUGGCUUUCCGAGAAUCCCUGCCCUACACAAAUGCUGUCAUCCAUGAGAUUCAGAGAAUGGGUAACGUCGUCCCCCUGAAUGUGCCCAGGGAAGUGACAGUUGAUACCAAUUUGGCCGGAUACCACCUGCCCAAGGGGACUCUGGUCAUGACCAAUUUGACUGCACUGCACAAGGAUCCAAAAGAAUGGGCCACUCCUGACACCUUCAAUCCAGAGCAUUUUCUGGAGAAUGGACAAUUUAAGAAGAAGGACUCCUUUCUGCCUUUCUCAAUAGGAAAGCGGGCAUGCCUUGGAGAACAGUUGGCCAAGACUGAGCUGUUCAUUUUCUUCACUUCCCUCAUGCAAAAAUUUACCUUCAGGCCCCCAAGCAAUGAGAAACUGAGCUUAAAGUGCAAAAUGGGCCUCACCCUUACCCCUAUGAGCCACCGCCUCUGUGCCAUUCCACGGGCGUGACAGUGUCAAAAAUGAAGAAGUGACAUGAGCUGUGAAGCCACUGUGCCUGCCCAGAUGUGAGCAGCCUAAACAAAAGUGCCUGUGAAAGAUGAAAGUAGUUGAGAGAAGUUGCUCCCUUCAGGAACUAGAUCCAAAUUCCAGCUCUACUUUUUUAAAUUAACCCAGGGAUAAGCAUUCAUGUUCUAAAUGAUUUACCUCUUCAUCCAAGAGAUAAAAAGGGAUAAUACACCUUUGCUAAAGAACGUAUUUGUGAGACUCAUUGCAAAUAAAUUGAUUUAUAAUUCACAAAGUGCAUCAUAAAA